GCCACUACUCCCUCCUUUCCCUCAUCAAGAUCUCGGAACCAUGACCGCCCUCACAUUCUACGACAUUGCCAUGCGCCCCCCGGUGACCAAGACCUGCUGCAGCCCGAACCCGUGGAAAGCCCGGCUGGCGCUGAACUUCAAGGGCGUGGCGUACACGACCUCGUGGGUGAAGCUGCCCGAAGUGGCCCCCGUCCGCCGCGGGCUCGGCCUGCCCGCCGGUCGCAAGUUUGCCGACGGGACGGACUUCUGCACGCUCCCCAUCGUCUCCGAUCCCACCACCGGCUCCCUGAUCGGGGAUUCCUUCGACAUCGCCGUCUACCUGCAGAAGACGUACCCCGACUCCGGCGCAGGCAACCUGUUCCCCGAACAAUCGCUCGACUACACCUUCACCACCGAUGGGCCGCUGAUGGUGCCGCUCUCCGAGCGGAACGAUAUCGAGUUUGGCGAUUACGCCCGAUUCAACACCAGCAUCGAUGCCCUCUUUACCUCGCACGUGGCGCUCAUGCAAAAUAUGCCGCUGGAUCCGGAAACCGCCGAGCAGACCAAGGCCGAAUUCGUCCGGCGGGCGGGCGUCUCCUCCUGGGAUGAUUUUGCGAUCACGAGCGAGAUGAGAGAGAACAUCAAGACUUCCUUCCACGAUGCCCUGGGGGAGCUCGCUAAGCUGUUUUCGAGGGAUAGGAGCGGGCCGUUCCUCCUCGGACAACAGGCCAGCUACGCCGAUCUGAUCGUGGGCGGCUGGCUGCGGAUGAUGGGCGUGACGAUGCCCGAGGCGGAGUGGGAAGAGGCCCGGGGCUGGCACAACGGUGCCUUUGGGCGGUUGUAUGAUGCGUUGCAGGAGUACGCGGAGGUCAAAUAGGAAAGGCAAUUGUCAGUCAGAAGUCUGGUAGUCGGAAAUUGCGGUUGGCGUCCCCGUUUUUGUUUUUGUUUUCUUUCUUUUUUUUUUUUUUU